AUGCUCCAUGAAAUAGAUAUAAAAAAAGCUUAUGAUAUGGUAAGUUGGAGGUUUCUUGAAAUGACGCUUAAGGAAUUUGGAUUUCAUCCUAUCAUGAUCAAUUGGAUCAUGAUAUGUGUUUCAACCCCUUAUUUUACUGUUAGUGUUAAUGGAGAGGAUCAUGGGUACUUUCCUAGUAGGAGGGGAUUAAGGCAAGGUGACUCACUGUCACCUUACUUAUUCACUAUAAUCAUGGAAGUCUUCACUUUGAUUCUUAAAAAGAAAGUCUCGGAGAGUAAUUCUUUUAAGUAUCAUUGGAAAUGUCGGGAUCGGAAAAUAACAAAUCUUUUCUUUGUUGAUGACCUCCUCCUUUUUUGUUAUGGUACUGGUGCUUCGAAUUUGAGUUGGACAUGGAAGAGAUUUCUUGAAUUGAGAGAGUAUCUUAGAAACCAUAUUGUUUCUAAGACAGGUAGUGGAAAAUCUACUUAUAUCUGGCAUGAUUAUUGGCAUCCAAGUGGGAUUUAUGGGAAUUAUAUCACUUGUAGAAUGAGAAUUGCUGAAGGAUUUAAUGACCAAUCUUCUGUUGAGAAUUUAAGGGUUAAUGGUGCUAUCUGUUGGCCUCCUAACUGGGUUGUGUUGUUUCCUGGAUUGUUGGAGCAACCAAUCUGUAAUGGUGAUCAGAAUGAAGAAGAUACUAUUCUUUGGAAGGACAAUAAAGGAAAACCCUAG